CAGAUAUAUGUGCUGAUGGCAUUUGACAGAAACUGAAGAACAAAAAUAAUAUAUAAUUUUUUUUAAAAAAACAGUUGACAAUUCAUUUUCCCAUUGAAAGAUCCAUUGUCUUUCUUAUUUCAAAAAAUUUCCCUUUAAAUGCAUCAAGUUUACUCUGCCUUUAUUCAAUCUUAUUCCAUGAACUUCUCACAUAUCCUCAUCAAUAAAAUGUUUUUGUUUGUAGUUUUUCAAGAUAGUUUCCUUUGAUCUUUUCCCUCAGAAUAUACAAUUAAAAAAAAGAACAACCGUUGCAUUUGUGGCUGUAUUUGCAAGAGGAAGAAAAAAGGGUCAAUGGAGAAUUCUUUAGGAUCUGCAUUUGUGGCUGUUUUUGCAGUUUCAGGAAGUGUUGUCCUUCUUGCCAUGAGAGUGCAUAAACAUCUUCUUUCUGAUUUCAUGAACAAACUCGAACUUGAAAUUGAUAAAGAUCAAGCAAAGAAGAAGGUUAUGUUCUCCAACAAAAUUGUUGAAUUGGGCUCUCAAAACAAAGAUAAGUUUCAUGAUUAUCAUCAUAGUUCAAGGAAGCACAGGAAGAACCACGGAGAAUCAUCUGAUGAUGAGAGCUUGGAAUCCAUGCCUUUGAAUUGGCAAGUUCUUUAUAAAGGAAUCCUCAGUAAUAAGACCCUUAGGGGUUAUAAUUAACUAGUUGUAAUACCCCCUUUGUAUUUGUACUCCUUUGUAAAAGUAUUUGUAUCUGUGGUUGUGAUGGCGACUUUUGUAGUCACAUUAGCAAAAGGAAAUGACACGUUAUUGUGACUUUAGUAAAUUUUCAUUUUUAUUCGUGUAACAUAUUUGGUUGAAUAUAGAUUGGGGGAAUGAAAGGUGAUUUUUUUGUCUAUUA